GUUCUGGUAGAGUCACACCACUGGUGGGUGAAGAUGCCUUCAAGGCGUCUAUUGCCAAAGAGAUGGCUCUGCUCACUCUGAUGGAGAAGACUGGCUACAACAUGGUGCAAGAGAAUGGACAGAGGAAGUAUGGAGGCCCACCGCCAGACUGGGAGGGGCCACCACCCCCACGGGGCUGCGAGGUGUUUGUGGGGAAGAUUCCCAGAGACAUAUACGAAGACGAGCUGGUUCCACUGUUCGGGAAGGCUGGAGAGAUCUAUGAGUUCAGACUGAUGUUGGAGUUCAGCGGAGAGAAUCGCGGCUACGCAUUCGUCAUGUACACCAACAGAGAGGCAGCUCAGAGAGCCAUCCAGAUGCUGGACAACUAUCAGAUCAGACCAAGGAAGUUCAUCGGAGUCUGUGUGAGUUUGGAUAACUGCCGCCUCCUCAUCUGCCCCAUCCCCAAAGACAAACAGAAGGAGCAGAUCAUGGAGGAAAUGAAGAAGGUGACGGACGGCGUGGUGGAUGUGAUCUUUGACCCCAGCUCCACAGAUAAGACCACAAAUCCAGGUUUUGCCUUCGUUGAGUAUGAAUCUCACAAAGCUGCAGCCAUAGCCAGACGGAAGCUCAUACCAGGUCCCUUCCAGCUGUGGGGUCAGUCUAUCCAGGCGGACUGGGGCGAACCAGAGGUCAUGCAACACUUCAGAGUCCUUUAUGUGCAAAACCUGAUGCCGAACACCACGGAAGACACUCUUCGUCGGGAGUUCUCACGCUUCAAACCGGGGAGUGUUGAGUUUGUCAAGAAGCUCACUGACUUUGCCUUCAUCCACUACCGCUCGUUUGAUGACGCCCUCACUGCUUUCAGCCUCAUGAACGGAGCACAGAUCGACGGGGCCACAGUCAGCAUGACACUGACCAAACCGAGAGGCAUCAAAGGAGGCGUGUCUGGGAGGAAACAGCAGAACAGGGGAUACCAGGGAAAUAAUGGCACAGCAGGAGGGGGAGGGGUGUUGGCAUUUCACAGGAACAAUGGAAGGAUGAUGGCAGCAGCCAGGGAUGAAUGCCCUCCAAUCAGAACCUACUCGUCUUGUCUGGAAAGUCCCUUCUACACAACAGGGGGAGAUCACCUGGACAGGCGUAUGUUCCCCCUGGUCCCUGGGACUCCACUGACCCCCACCAGCCUGCUGUCGCUCAGCCAAACUCAGAUGUGCUCGGCCAUCAGCCUCCUGGACUUCUACUGCUCUCUGAACCAGUGGGCCCAGCCCGAGUACCACCUGUACUCCACACCAGGCCAGGACGGGACACCGCUGCUGCUCUGCAAGGUGGUGAUCUCAGCCACUUGGACCACUUACUUGCCUGAUAAACUGUGUUUGCUGCUGGAAGACGCCAAAGAGCUGGCAGCGCAGACCGCACUGUGUGACCUGGUCUCUUCUUUCCCGAGUGAAGCGUCUUGUGAUUCUCGCUGUAGCUCCCCCCACCCCCUGGCCUUCACCUCCUGCCUCCCACCUCCUCCCCCGCCCCCACCCUCUCCCUUCCCAAUGUCCCCUUUGCCCCCCCUCUCUAUACAUGAUACCCCUCCCCUUCCUCCUCCUCGAACACAGAGGCACUACAUCAGCCCCCAUUCGCCGUUUUACUGA